CUCCCCCGGGCCGGCCCCCGCACCGCCGCUCCCGCCGCAGGCUCCGGCGGGCCGGACUGGCGGAGCAGCCCCGAAGUUUGCGGGGCGGCCGGCGCGGGGCCAUGUGGCUGCUGUGGCUGCUGCUGGGCUCGGCGGACAGCCAACUGUUGCCUGGGAAUAACUUCACGAAUGAAUGCAACAUUCCUGGAAACUUCAUGUGCAGUAAUGGGCGCUGUAUCCCGGGGGCCUGGCAGUGUGAUGGGCUGCCGGACUGCUUUGAUGACAGUGAUGAGAAGGAAUGCCCAAAAGCCAAAUCCAAGUGUGGUGCCACGUUCUUCCCCUGCGCCAGUGGGAUCCACUGCAUCAUCGGCCGCUUCCGCUGCAACGGCUUCGAGGACUGUCCCGACGGCAGCGAUGAGGAGAACUGCACAGCAAAUCCCUUGCUUUGCUCUACUGCCCGAUUCCACUGUAAAAAUGGUCUUUGCAUUGAUAAAAGCUUUGUGUGCGACAGUCAAAAUAACUGCCAGGACAACAGCGAUGAAGAAAGCUGCGAAAGCCCUCAAGGAGAAAAUUGGAGAGUCCUUGGGAGGGUAAGGGAGAGAAAGAGGAAGGACGAUUCAAAAGAGGCAUGGGAGGAGGCAGCUCUGUAUUCCUUUUUCAAGGCAGGGAGUGGCCAGGAUUACGUGACCUCCGAAAAUCAGCUGCUUUACUACCCGAGUAUCACCUACGCCAUCAUUGGCAGCUCUGUCAUUUUCGUCCUUGUGGUGGCCUUCCUGGCCCUGGUGCUGCACCACCAGCGCAAGCGCAACAACCUGAUGACGCUGCCGGUGCAUCGCCUGCAGCACCCCGUGCUGCUGUCCCGCCUGGUGGUCCUGGACCACCCGCACCACUGCAGCGUCACCUACAACGUCAACAACGGCGUGCAGUACGUGGCCAGCCAGCCCUACCACAGGCCAAUGGAGCUGGACUCCCCGCCCUCCUAUUCCGAGGCCGUGCUCGACCAAAGCAGACCACCUUGGUUUGACCUUCCUCCACCACCGUAUUGUUCUGAAUCCCCCAAUCAGCCAGACCUUCCUCCUUACCGCUCUCGGUCGGGAAGCUUGGCCAGCACAGACACCCCCACGGCAGAAAGUCCUGUGGGCACAUCCAGCAGCUGGAUGAGAGGCAUCCGUGGCAGCACGGAUGGGCACAGAACUCUCCUGGAGAGGACAGCAGAUCAGAGUGAUCCUCUGGUCAGCCACAUUGCUGAAAGAGAAGUGUAACUGCUCCAGUGGCUGGGAUGGCCAGAAGGCGUUUGCUGUGGCUGUGUGGGUUAAUCUGCUGUGGCUAAUAGGCUUCAGGGGACGUGUGCCUGAAUGAUGACUUGCUUUGAAUUCACACUGAGUUCAUAUUUGAAUUCAGCCUUUUGGGCUUGUCAAAGGCAGAGCAAGGAGAGCUAAGCUGAGAGUCACAUAAGCUCUCCACAGUAUUUCUGUGAACAAGUUCUGAUUCAGACAAGUAAGAGAAACAUCAGUGCUUUGUUGUCAGAAGAACUGAUAUGAUGUAUUUAUUGGACUGCUUACUGUAUAUGAGUGUAUAUAUGUGUGUGUAUAAUAUUUACAGAAGUUGUACAUGAGAACUCUGCCAGAAGGACUCUUGUUUUCAGACUGCCUUCCAUGCUGUCAGUGUGGGAGCUGUUUCUCCUUACUGUCUGGUGCCAACUGGUGGUCACUGAAGCACAUGAGAGGAGGUCUGGUGCCCAAUGCCAGCCACCUGGCAGUGCCCAAACUUCAGUAAAUCUCCUACUUGACCCAUUCUGUGUGGCCUGUGAAGGAGGCUUAAGUUUGUGAGGAUGCAACAGCUGUAACUAAGCAAGGGGUUUUUUUCCCAGAUGCCAGUAUCUAGGCCAAAUUUGCAUGGGUUGUCUCAGCAACACCACAAAGGUUGGCUUAUCUGUCAAAUGUCAAGGCUGAGUACAGGGGCACUGAAGCUUCUCAAAACAACAGAGCAAGACUUCUUUUCCUGAGUGGCAUAACAGUGCUCCAUGUGUUCCCUGCUAAAAAACCCCACAACUAAACAACAAAACAAACCCCCAAAUUGUUCCAGCAAAAUCAUCAAUACCAAAACUGGUAUGAGGCAAACACCUAGCACAGAAAGUUUUAAUGAGAAUGAGUAGUUUGUUAUAUUUAUAAAACACAUAUAUUUAUAAAGCAGGUCGUGCAGUGACAGGUGUUGGGCUUGGCACCCCAUCUACAGCAUGUAUGUGUACAUGCACAGUGUACAUUACACCUGUGUAAUACUGUGUGUAGGUGUGUACAUAGUGCAACAUUUGGGUGUAGUUCUGCUACACCACAAGAACCCUAAACUGUCAAAGUUUUGUUUUUGCUAAACUCAUUGGUUUUCAUAGAGUUUGCAUUAUUCACAUUCAUUUGGUUGAAAUUCUACCUUCUGCAGAAAACCAGAAUUAUUUAUGCUUUUUCUGUCCUAAGUCUUGUAAUGGUCUCCUGCCAAAUGUGUUUCACGGCACCUUGUUGAAUCACCAUGUGAAAGCACCUCUGAGGUAACGGUAUUUGGAGUGGCAAGAGGGAAGAAGCUGUGAAUUUAAAUGCCACAAGCCCAAACUUGUGCUCAGUAUAUGGAAAACAGUGCAGUGUCUUCCUCUUGUCUGGGGAGAAAUUUGCCUUGAAAAAUCAUUUAUAUUUGUCUAUCCCACAUUUCCCACUCUUUCUGUGUAAAAGAACAGUGUCGUUAAACAGACUUUGCUGUUUAAAGGAAGUGAAGAAAGCUGACGGCCCACACCUUCUGCUUUCUUCCUCCUCAUCUUCGUAAGGUAGAUUCUUCUGCCCAAGGUUACAUGCUCAGAACCCAAGAAUUUGGAGUGCAGGUAAGGGAACAACUCAAGUUCAGUCUCAGUUCUCAUAAAUACAUCUGAAUUUCUAGGGAAGGAGUUAGGGUGUUGUUGGUUUUUGGGUUGUUUUUUUUGGAUUUUUUUUAAUUUCCAGCUCUGGAGUCUAUUGCCACAAUAUGCAAGAGGCAGGGACCAGAUAGAUUUACAAGCACAGGUCAUUCCAGGACUGAGGACAUGGUGGGGAGUCCUGGACAAUUCUAAUGCUGAUGGGCUGGGCUGACGUUGGAAGCAGAUGAAGGGCAGCUUUCAUUACAGACUUAGGCAGCCUGUGGUGAAGUGCAUUGCUGAAGAUGCUCCUAGGUCCUUGCAAAGUAAUGUACAAGAGUGGGUCAGAUUUCACUCUUGCUGAGAACUCAAGCAGUGUAAUUAUGCUGUCCUGCACAAAGCAGGGUUUAGCUUUAUUACUGGCUGACCAAGGUAAUAGGCAGACUGUUGUCCUUGCACAGAGCAGACAGCUGUCCUUCAUUUUACAGGUAGCUCAGACUCAGGUAUGUGAAUGAGUUAAUUGUACAUGUGGGUGCAGGGACAUCUCCUGUGAUCACUGGACCCUGCUGUCCCUCUUGCCUUUCAUUAAGGUUCUGCCUGGCCUCUGUAAGAGAGCUGUUAUCAGAAUUAACCUUAAUGAUUUUCUGUUGCUGUUUUAGAAAUUUCAUACUGGUCUUGAAAACAUACCAUUGAAGAGUUUGCAGUAGUUUCAUUGUAAUCAGGUAUCUUUUAAAUUUUAAAGUUGCCUAAGGCUGUAUUAGUGAAACUAAUCCAGUGUCCCUCAAACAAGCCUUGCACUGGGGAUUGCAUUCCACCAUGUGUAUUGUAAGACACCAGAUGGUGUGCAGCCCAAAUCCUGGGUGCCUAUGGCAUCUGAAAAGCAUUGCCUUGCAUUGCUGGGAAGUAGGAAAAGAGUGAAUAUAGCCUGUUUCUUCUGUCUUCUGUGUCAGUCACUGUCACAUAUGUACAUAUAUAUAUAUUAAAAAAAGAUACCCUUUUAGGAUGUAUAUAUUCAUGUAACUUUUGCAUUAAGAUAAUACAUUUGGACUUUUCAAAAAAAAAAAAAAAAAAGAAAAGGAAAAAACAUUCUAAAUGGUGAUGUUUUCCCUUCCAGCUAAGGAUGUAUUUAUCUUUGUAUAGGAAUCUUCUAAUUUUUGAAAACACAGCUUAAAAGGAGAUUGUGCCUUUCUGUUUGAAUGUUGAUUGGAAAAUCUGUUACCUGCAUUUCUGGGUGUUAUUACAUAUCACUGUCUAGAGAUCCAGAAAGAGCAACAAGUCUUGUCUUCCUCUUCAUUGUUACUUAUGGGGACCACUGAACUUCGAGGACUACAGCAGUUCAGUAUCUUGUUCCAAAAAGGUGUGCUAAAACUUGAGGUGGCUCAUCUUACCCCAGUUUUCUGGUUUGCAGAACAGGUUUGCCAGGCUGGUUUCUUUGGAAAUUGCUGUAGUAUCACACAGAAAUUGUUUAUGAUGUGUCACUUCUAGUGUGUAGAUACAGCAUUGCACUGCAUUAUUCAGUGGGGUCUUUGGGAAACGUGCUGAUGAAAUUAAAUAUUUCAUUGAAAAUCCUGCAGCUUGUAAGGCUGAAGUUAAAUGUUCAUCCAAUACCACGUGAUAGGGUUUCUUCCUGGUAGCAGGUAAAAUUGGAAUUGAUCAUCCUAUUGUUUGCAAUUUUUCUUAACCUUUUAGUUUGGUAUUAGUCAUCCAAGAGCUUUCCUUUCUACUUAAUAUUAAAACAGAUGCAUGCUAUUUCAAAGACUCAGUCUUAGAAAAGUAAAAUCAAUUUAAGUUUUCUUCAAGAGCCAAAUUCUGUUUCCACAUGUGUACUGAAUGGUGACCACUGUAUUGAGUAGUUCUCAGUGCAGCUGUUAAUAUAUUUUAACAAAAGAGUUCAAAGAAAUGACUACUUGAGGUAAAUGAAGGCAUGUUGGAAAGAAGGUCAUUUAAAAAUAAAUAAAUAAAUGAAAUUAGGGAGGUUCAAGUAUCUGUAACCUCUGCUGAAAUCAGAGAGCUGUGUCUUUAAAAUGAAGCCAUUAGUGAUUCUGCUUGAUAGUAAUCUGAAGUUCCUUGUAAGGCAAAUUACCAUUUACCUCUCUGCUACUGGAAAUGGAAAACUGACAGUAAUGCUUUUAAAAGAAAGCCUGUGAAUAAUUUUCUUGGCUCUUGUCUGCAGUGACAUACACAAAAACACUGACUGCACUGCAAAUUUUAAAUAACUCUGCAUUCCUUCUUCUGCUUUUAAGCCAAAUCAGUUUUAUUUACACCACUUCACUUUGAUACAGCUAAUAGGGCCCUUGUGAUAGAUUUAGAAACUGAGUGGAGGAAAGAGGUGACUCUCACUUUAAUUAAUGCUGCAGCUUGUUAAUCUGGUGCUCUUUACUUUUAGACAUUUUAGCAAAGACAAAUGGUUUUAGUAGAUAAGGAAAACUAUUAACAAUGAAAAGGAAGGAGGGACACUGAUUCUGGUUUUUAAUGAAUAUUUAAAAAUGUAUAAAUGAAGAAAAAAUUUAAUGCUGUAUUUUUAAUGUGGUGAUCAAAUGACAAGUACUGGAUUUAACUGUUGCUUAUUGGAAACUACUUUGCAUAUAAUGCCUAGAACUAAAAUGGUAAGACAAGGGCUUUUCUUGCAGUUCUUACUAGAUCUGCAAUAGUUUUUUUAUUAACACAAGGUUAUAUUACACCCAUGGACUAAAAUACGGACUGCAGGAAGAAUUUCAAUACUGUGCUGGAUUCUGCCUGAAUGUAUCCCAGUACAGAACUGUGGCCUUCAUUUGUCUUUUUUUUUUUUUCCUUCUAUUUGAGGGGUUUUGUCAACUUGAAAUAGAGGAAUUACUGAAAUGCUUUAAGGGAGGUUGUAUGUUGAAAGCCAACCUUGUCUUAAACUUUUGUAAACUGGAAAUCUUCAAAAAUGUAUUCUGUAUUCCUGAAUAAAAUUGGUGUUUUAAUACUG